AUGCCCCUCCCCGCACCCGCGCCACCUUCCUACUCACCGGAAGACUGCGCGAUCUGUCGUGAGUCUUUGCACGUCGCCCCGCGCGAGGAAGAGAGCUCCUCGUACGUCAUCGACGACGUCGAGCUCUACUGCAACAACGGCCGCCCGAACAACCACCAUUUCCACUGGGCGUGCAUCACCGACUACGUGAAGGCAGGCGGCGACCGCUCAAAAUGCCCGCUGUGCAGGGGGAAUACGCUGGACCGUCGUGGGCGGAUGAUCGUGGGCGUGACGAACGAGGGUGGCGUACAGGGCGGGAUUGACCUCGGAGAUAUCAUCGACGACGAAAUAUUCGAAGAGUCUCAGCCCGAAUCCUGGCGCCUCGAGCAGGCCUUCCUCGGGCUGAUGGCGCAGAGCGACUAUGCCGAAGCGGAGGAGCUUCUGCGCGAUCGCGGCGUGAACGUAAACUGCACCUACCCCUCCGGCGGGCAGACUGCCCUGCAUAUGGCAGCGAUGAACGACGACGUGGAGGGUGUCGAACUGUUGCUUCGCUACGGCGCGGACAAGGCGCAGCUGGACGAGACUGGCUGGGACGCACUCAAGGCCGCCAAGGAGUGUGGCGCGAAGGAAGUGCAGAAGCUGCUUGCGUGA